GGUGGAGCAAGCAUGGCUCAGUGAUUCAGUUUAGAGUCGAGUGAACAGUUGAACAUCGUGAAUGGCUGUACUGUGGAAAUUGGUGGUGUUUGGUGUGGCUGCAACGGCGUUAAUGAACGUUUCAUAUGGCAGUGAUUUUAUUGAGUUAUCUGAGUAUCACCGAAUGCCACCGCUGGCCACGUUUGAUGAUUAUGAUCUGUGCAUGGAAGAUGUCCCUGACGGACAAAUAGCCACGUACUGCGUCACGCGAGUCGUCAUCAAGCCCGACAACGGCUCUGAACUGUGGCACUUAAUUAAGGACUUUUCCAAGGACUGGAAACGACAUCACAACCAUGCCCUGCUGGAUCGGGGAAUUUGCAUGGCCCGGUGUAAGCAGUUGGUUCAGCGUCUUCCGAACGCCACCAAACAAGCGCUUAGGGUGGACAAGUUUGACAUCGAUUUUCCCUACAUAGUGGACGUAACCGUUUUCAAGAAUACCUUGAAUGAUCAAAAACGCUACGGAGACUUGAUCGAUGUUUGCGUGAACUAUGAACUCAAUAGGACUUAUCAGCUUCGAGGCUAUACGGAAAUCGAGAUCUGCGACAGAAACGAUGAACAGUUUGAAAUGGGUAUUAUACUGUCUGUCCUAGUACCCAAAUAA